AUGAAGCAAAAUUGUUUGGAGGUCAAUUUUGGCCAUCGCACUCCACAAGUGCCAACAACCAUACCGCCAUCUUCCCCUCUUCACUCAGUGGCAUGCACACCCAUUUGUCUUCUCACACACUUCAUAGCUCGUCGCCAAAGCCACUCACUCACACAUUUGACGAGUUUUAACAAAUACUUACAUACCCAGGUGACCACCAUGGCGACUGGACAAAUAUUCUCUCGUACAACACAAGCAUUGUUCUAUAACUACAAACAAUUACCAAUUCAACGGAUGCUUGAUUUUGACUUCCUUUGUGGGAGAGAAACACCCUCAGUUGCUGGAAUCAUCAACCCUGGUGCUGAAGGAUUCCAGAAACUAUUCUUCGGGCAAGAGGAAAUCGCCAUUCCAGUCCAUUCCACCAUUGAAGCAGCUUGUGCUGCACAUCCUACUGCUGAUGUAUUCAUAAACUUUGCAUCAUUCAGAAGUGCUGCUGCUUCUUCCAAACUUGCCCUCAAACAACCUACCAUCAGAGUUGUGGCCAUUAUAGCUGAAGGUGUUCCUGAAUCAGACACCAAGGAGUUGAUCUCCUAUGCAAGGUCAAACAACAAGGUUGUUAUUGGUCCUGCAACUGUUGGUGGGAUUCAAGCUGGAGCUUUCAAGAUUGGUGACACUGCUGGAACCAUUGAUAACAUUAUUCAAUGCAAAUUGUAUAGGCCUGGAUCUGUUGGAUUUGUCUCAAAAUCUGGUGGGAUGUCUAACGAGUUAUACAACACAAUCGCGCGUGUGACAGAUGGAAUCUAUGAAGGCAUUGCUAUUGGAGGAGAUGUUUUUCCCGGUUCCACCCUUUCUGAUCAUGUUUUGAGAUUCAACAACAUUCCACAGAUAAAAAUGAUUGUUGUGCUUGGGGAACUCGGUGGAAGAGAUGAAUAUUCAUUAGUUGAAGCACUUAAAUCAGGAAAAAUCAAUAAACCGGUAUGCGCUUGGGUCAGUGGAACUUGUGCACGUCUCUUUAAAUCAGAAGUUCAAUUUGGUCAUGCAGGAGCCAAAAGUGGUGGUGAAAUGGAGUCUGCACAAGCUAAAAAUGAAGCACUCAAAGAUGCCGGAGCAGUUGUCCCCACUUCAUUUGAAUCAUUUGAAGCUUCAAUCAAGGAAACAUACGAGAAAUUGGCCGAGGAGGGAAAGAUUACCCCUGUUAAGGAAAUCACUCCUCCACAAAUCCCUGAAGAUCUUAACUCAGCAAUUAAAAGCGGGAAAGUACGAGCACCUACUCAUAUCAUUUCAACCAUUUCUGACGAUAGAGGUGAGGAGCCAUGUUAUGCAGGGGUACCAAUGUCCACAAUUGUUGAAAAGGGAAUGGGUAUUGGUGAUGUUAUUUCUCUGUUGUGGUUCAAACGUAGUCUUCCACGCUACUGCACACAUUUCAUCGAGAUUUGCGUGAUGUUAUGUGCUGAUCACGGUCCGUGUGUCUCUGGUGCUCACAACACAAUAGUAACCGCAAGGGCAGGAAAAGAUUUAGUAUCAAGUCUUGUUUCAGGUUUGCUAACAAUCGGUCCACGUUUCGGGGGUGCGGUUGAUGAUGCUGCUCGUUACUUCAAGGACGCUUAUGACAGGAAACUUACACCAUAUGAGUUUGUUGAAAGCAUGAAAAAGAAGGGUAUUCGUGUACCAGGAAUCGGGCACAGGAUAAAGCGAGGUGAUAAUAGGGAUAAAAGAGUGGAAUUGCUACAACUAUUUGCCCGAACGCAUUUUCCAUCAACAAAAUACAUGGAAUAUGCAGUUGAAGUUGAGACUUACACUCUUUCAAAAGCAAACAAUUUAGUAAUGAAUGUUGAUGGGGCCAUUGGUACCCUUUUCUUGGAUCUUCUUGCUGGAAGUGGAAUGUUCACAAAACAAGAAAUUGAUGAAAUUGUGAAUAUUGGUUACCUUAAUGGCCUCUUUGUGUUGGCCCGUUCAAUCGGUCUCAUUGGGCAUACGUUUGACCAAAAGAGGUUGAAGCAACCGCUAUAUAGGCACCCAUGGGAGGAUGUUCUUUACACCAAGUGAUUUGUGUUUGUCAUCAUUUAGGAAGUGCGCACGUUACUUUGUUCAUCAAAAGUGUUUUUUUUUUUUUUCAAGUUCUGUAUGUUAUUUGUUGUAAUGACCUUGCGGUAUGUGCAUUGUUUGUUUGUAUUUGUCAAUGGAAGUUAUAGAGAAAAUUCUCUAUUUAUAUUCAUUAACAGGAGUUCACGA